GUUCCUUCAUGGCUGAGCAGAUAGUCCACGAGUUCACCCACAACGCACUCAACUAUGCAGAAUUUGUCCAUGGAACGUACAACGAUAAAUCCGCCCUGGGAAAAGCUGAGGUGAAAUCGGCCAUUCGUCUGGUUCCUCGUCCCUACGAUAAGUCUCUGCAUGCAGCUUACGUGUCAGCAGGACUGGUAACCUUCCAUUCCAGGACUGGCUAUGUGGAAAGAGCAGCACAACUAGCGGAAACUCUUCCCCAAGCCGUCCGAGAUCUGGCAACUGUGGAUGCGGAGAAGCAUGUGCUUGAUGGGUCGGGCAGAGCAAUAGUCAAGUUCCUCACUGACUACAUGUACCUCACAAGACUCUGAAUGUUUCAUACUGACUGUAUAAGUACUGUCCCAAUAAACAACUAUUGGGUUUA